AGUCAUAUGACGGUGUGAUUCGACUUGUUCACGCGGAGCUGCAGCUGAAAACAGUGGAGGAAGUUACUGCGACGAAAAAGACGAAGACGAAGAAACCUCGUCUUUCUCUUAAAUUAGUGUGAGGUGGGUUCAGUGAUGUCCACCGGCGGGUUGUUGCUGUGUUUGCUGGCAGUGUUUCAGCUCGGCUCUCGCGCUCAUUACGCCCCUGAUGAGGUGACUUACCUGCCAGGCAUGAUGUUCAAACCCAACUACAGACAGUGGUCGGGGUACCUCCAGGCUCGGCCGGGAAAGUUUCUCCAUUAUUGGUUUGUGACGUCUCAGAGGGAUCCAGUCAAAGACCCUCUGGUGCUCUGGCUGAAUGGAGGUCCAGGCUGCAGCUCCUUGGAUGGAUUCCUGUCAGAGAAUGGACCGUUUCAUGUGAAUGAUGAUGGUGCCACACUGUAUGAGAACCCAUUCAGUUGGAACAAGAUCGCCAAUGUGCUGUAUGUAGAAUCUCCUGCAGGAGUGGGAUAUUCCUACUCCGACGACAAAAACUACGCUACCGAUGAUGACCAGGUCGCUGAAGAUAACUACAGAGCCCUGCAGAGUUUCUUUGCCAAGUUCCCCAAGUUUGCUCAAAAUGACUUCUUUAUCUUUGGGGAAAGUUACGGUGGAAUUUAUGCACCAACCCUCAGCCUCCGUGUGGCUACUGGAACUGCAACCAUCAACUUCAAGGGCUUUGCAGUGGGAAAUGGCAUCACCAGCUUUGCUCUCAAUGAGCAAUCUUUGAUAUACUUUGGUUAUUACCAUGGCCUCUUUGGAGAAGAUUUGUGGCAUGAUCUGAAUAAAAAUUGCUGUGAUGACAAGGGAAGCUGUGUCUUCUACAACUCCAGCUCAGAGACCUGCAAGACUCUGGUGGGUGUGGCCUUUGGCAUUGUGUAUGACAGUGGACUUAAUGAGUAUGCCCUGUACUUGAAUUGUGAGGGUGUCAGAGGAUCUCACAAAGGCUAUGAGAGGACCAUGGCUCACCUGUUUAAGAACUACAAGAAACAAUGGCUCACCCACAAAUUUUCAGAUGGAGUGCCUUCCUCUGUGUCUCUGGGUUUAGUCCCUCCCUGCCUCAACAGCACUGCUCAGAUGAACUGGCUGAACAGAGGUGACGUGAGGAAAGCCUUACACAUACCAGACACACUGCCACCGUGGGACCUGUGCAGUGAUGACGUUGGCGAGCAAUACACCACUCUGUACCCAACAAUGAAGGAUGUGUAUCUGAAGCUGCUCUCUCUGGGCCUGCGGGGGCUGGUCUACAACGGAGACACCGACAUGGCCUGCAACUUCCUGGGAGACCAGUGGUUUGUGGAGGACCUCGGCCUGAAAGCGACUACUAAGUACCAGUCCUGGAUUUCUGAUGACCAGAUUGCUGGUUUCUACCAACACUUUGGAAACCUCACGUUCCUGACAGUCAAGGGUGCAGGUCACAUGGUUCCUCAGUGGGCUCCAGGUCCAGCUUUUGACAUGUUCCAGUCUUUCCUCACAAAUGGCUCCUACUGAGCCAGAAUGUCAGAUUCCUGCACUCCCUUGUUAGUUUGUACAUUUUUCUCAGGGAAGAUGAUUUUGGAGGAAAAGGGACUGUUCGGGCACUUUUAUCAUUUGUGUUGUUCGUACCUGCAGUGCAGUCUGAGUAUUUGGAGAGAGACACGUUGGCUUUACUUUAGAUUUGAAAUUAAACAAUGCAAGUUCAACAACCACAUCUGAUGUUCAAAUCUAUGUUGUGUUGAUGGUGUAGGAGUUUUUUUUUUAGACAGUCUCAGUUUUAAGAGAACACAAAUAAUUGUACACACAAACGAAUGUCUCUAAAAUAAUUUAUUCCGUCACCAGCCAGCUUCACUUCUUGUACAUAUUUGAGAUUUUGUGCCUUCAAGUUGAUUUUCAGUAAGCGUAAAGCAUACAGUUCUGUGUAACUUCAAAAAGCUUCUUUGUGGCCUUGACUUGAGAUUAUUGUCUUGAAACUAGGAAGCUACACAUGUACAAAAGGGUACAAGACCUUCACUAGAAGUGAAAACCCUGUUUAGAAUUCAACACUUUGAUGUACAGUCUUAUUUCAUAUCAAAUGUGCUGAAUAAAAAGCCAAAACAAAUUGUCCUCAUCCUGAUACUCAGACUGAACUUUUAUUGAUCAAUUAAGCAAUUUUCUGUAGCACUGAUGUAAAGCUGAAUUUUGGUGUCUGAUUUUUUUUUUUUAAUUGACAUUUGCAGGAAAUUUAAACACUCAAACUGCCUUGAUCAAAACUGCAGCUUCACAUGUCUUUUAUUAAACAACUGCCAGUAUCAUA